GCGUACCAGCGCCACAAUGUCUGCCUCCGGAAAGAGCCUCAUUGGUCUCUGGCUGUACAGAAAGGGCGAACAAUGGACACUCAAAGAGGGUGGUGGCAGCCCUCGCUUGAAGGCGCACCCGACGCCCCUGGUGCUGGAGCGGCCUCCGGACGGCGUGCACCGCAACUCUGUGGUAUUUUCGCUCAACAACCAGGUGGGCGGCCUCGCCAGGGCGCUUCAUGUGUUCGAGGACCUCGGCGUCAACGUGGUGCAUAUUGAGUCGCGGCCGAAGGAAUCGUCCUCGGACGGACAGCAAUAUGAGAUUCUGGUGGACGUCGAGUGCGACGACCGCCGCAUGGAGCAACUGGUCACCAUGCUUCGCCGCGAGGUCGCUUCCAUCAACCUGACGCGUCCCACCAACCCUGAGUUCGACUUACCUCCACAGACACCACUCUCAAUGUCCGCCAGUUUUGAUUUUGGAGACAUGCCAUGGUUCCCUCGGAAAAUAUCCGACUUGGACAGAGCCCAGAGAGUGCUGAUGUACGGCACUGAAUUGGACGCUGACCAUCCCGGAUUUAAAGACCCGGUGUACCGCAAAAGGAGACAGGAGUUCGCCAACAUCGCCAAUUCCUACAAAUAUGGAGAACCGAUUCCUCGGAUCCAAUACACUCCCGAGGAGGUUAAAACCUGGGGGGUCAUUUUCCGCGAGCUGACUUUGCUGUACACAAAACACGCGUGCGACGAGUACAUGGAAAACUGGCCGCAGCUGGUUAAAUUUUGCGGAUACCGAGAGGACAACAUCCCUCAACUGCAGGACAUCAAUGUCUUCUUAAAACGAAAAACUGGAUUCCAAAUUCGACCUGUGGCUGGCUACUUGUCUCCAAGAGACUUUCUCUCUGGAUUGGCUUUCCGAGUUUUCCACUGCACCCAGUACAUCCGACACUCAUCGGAUCCGUUCUACACGCCAGAACCUGAUUGCUGCCAUGAGCUUUUGGGCCACAUGCCCUUGCUAGCGAACGCAAGUUUUGCCCAAUUUUCCCAAGAGCUCGGGCUUGCCACCCUGGGAGCGUCUGACGAAGAUGUGUCCAGACUGGCCACGCUCUAUUUCUUCACGGUUGAGUUUGGACUUUGCCGCCAAAACGGAGAUUUCAAGGUUUACGGUGCUGGUCUAUUGUCAUCGGUGGCUGAGCUGAAACACGCACUCACCACGCCGGAGAAAAUUUUACCCUUCGAACCAGAGGUCACGGUCAAUGAAGAAUGCAUCAUUACCUCUUACCAAAAUCAUUACUUCUACACCGACACCAUUGAAGAGGCAAAGGAAAAAAUGAGAGAGUUUGCUUGCAACAUCCAGCGACCAUUCAUGGUGCGUUACAACCCUUACACGCAGAGCGUCGAGGUUUUGAGCAACGCUGAGAAAAUCGCCUCGCUCGUUUCCGAACUGCGGGGCGAGGUUUGCAUCGUGAGCAACGCCCUGCGCAAGAUCCACGUGCAGGACGAGGAGGACGACCCUGGCAGCAUGGAGCAGCUGGCCACCCUUUUGCUGCCACGCUCCAUCAGCCCCGCACCCUUUCACAGCCCUCUACACACUCCAAACACCACCCCGCCCGAACACAGCCCCGAAAGGAAGAAUUGAGAAUAAAAACCUUGAAAACUUAGCAAAUUUUAAUUUAAAUUGUUAAUAGCUAUUAAAAGAUUUUAUAUUAUAUUAUUUAUAUUCGUUAGUUUAAUUAUAAAACUACGACAAUAAUGACAGGAAAAAAUCGUACGAAAAAUUGAUCCUGUGUAGAUUUUUACAGCUGCUUAAUUUUUUUAUUUAUGAUUAUGCAUAAUCUGCUGGAAACGAUUUGGCAAGUUGUUUUCAUUGCUUCCAAAAGUUGUGUAUGACAAAAGACAUUAAAGUGUGUGCG